CUAAAGAAACACAAGGUCACUCACUUACUUGGCCUUGGCGUGAUCGACACCAACAUAUUUUCCGAAAUUAUCUACAAAGGAAUAAACAUACUCGACAUGCCGUCCACUGACAUCACGAGCUAUUUUGGGGAGGCGUUUUCGUUCAUCGACGAGGCUCGCGCGAAGGGCUGCGUGCUCGUGCACUGCAGUACCGGCGUGUCGCGCGCCCCCGCCGUCGUCGUCGGCUACCUCAUGAAGCGCGCCGAAUACAAGACGUUCCGCGAGGCGUUCGACCACGUGAAGGCGCGGCGGCCCGCGACGGCGCCAAACGCCGGGUUCAUGCGACAGCUGUCCGAGUACGAGGAGAAGAUUCGGACGAAACCCGUGCUGUACUCGUACUGGCGCAGCUCCUGCUCUUACCGCGUGCGCAUCGCCCUCGCUAUCAAGGGCGUGGACUACGACUACAAGUCUAGAGGACAUGAGCGACGAUACCGCAGCCUGAACCCGAUGGCGCUUCCCACGCUCGUUAUCGACGGACAGACCCUGACACAGUCCACGGCCAUCAUAGAGUACCUGAAUGAUAACGUGCCUGCGGCGGCCGUUGCUGCGCCAGCCAACGCCUGGAGAAAUGAGCCCAGGAGGGACCACGGUGUCCUGCGGCCACCGCUGCUUCCCGCCAAGCCUGAGAAGAGAGCCCAGGUGCGCGCGAUCACCGAAAUGAUCAACUCUGGCAUCCAGCCGAUCCAGAACCUCGGCGUCCUCAAGAAAGUCGCCGAGAUCGGCGGCGACAAGGUCGCGUGGGGUCGCCACUGGAUCGAGCGCGGAUUCGUGGCGCUCGAGCGCACCCUGGCGGCGACGGCGGGCAGGUACUGCGUCGGCGACGCCGUGACGAUGGCCGAUGCUGCUCGUGCGCAGGUGUACAACGCGGCGCGGUUCAACGGUGAGCUGUCGGCGUAGUCCGCGACGAUAGAGCGGGUGUACGGCGAGCUGGUGAAGCUGCCGGCGGUGCAGGCCGCCGCGCCAGACAGCAUGCCCGACGCCGCCGCGCCGUAGGUGCGUGCGUGCGUGUGAGUGAUGCGUGAGUGGCGCGUGCGUGCGCGUGUGUGUGUGCA